UUAGCAAAUAUGACUGUCACCGUGUUUUUUUGUAUACACUAAUCUUCGUAAUUGGCAAAGUUUAUUUAAACAUGUUUAGGUAAGUGUUAUUAAACUUUUUUAAUUGUAAGUAAGCAAUCACUCGUAAAAUAACGAACGGUAUCCUGUUACUCGAACAACUCGGUAUACGAACACAUCCUGGAAAAGUAUGAAAGUUUAGACUAAUAAUGUAUUUUUAUUUUGUCAUUGAUAAUAACGAAAUAUAUGAAAAUAACACCUCUAAUCAAGUUCAACAAUAAAGCUGAGAAGAGGACGGUAAUUUGUAUAAAGAAAACGCCUUGGUUUGAGUAAAAUUAACAUUAACAGUAGUUUUAACUGUGCUUGUUAGAUAAUUACUGAUUAGAAAUAAAUUAUCGACUGCAUUAAUAAACAUAUUUCUCUUAGUAAAAAAAAAAAUAAUUGUAUACUUUUGUUAAGUUCUGGAACGUAACUUCUGACAUAUUUUGCAUUAGUUAUUUGUUUCGUACAGCACGGAUUCGCAUAUCACGCCAGUUUUUCGGAACGUAACUAUCGUAUUGUGUACGAAGGAUGCUAAUAGUUAUGAUUAAAUAUUGUUUUUAAAAUUCAAUUAAUAAAACUCUGUCUACGAAAAAACAAAAAGACAUAUUAAUUCAGGUAAACAUUAACCUUUCAUAUAAGACUACACAAUGUAAAUUAACUGUAAAUGUUACCGAUUAUUUGUAAAAAAUUCGACACACGAAGUAUUCUCACACUGAAAAACAGUUUUACUCAACACUGUAAACACGUGAUAGGCAUCCAAUUUAUGAUCACAUCAAAACAGAUUAAUAACAAUAAAAAUGUUUGUAAAUAUAAGUGAAAGGGUUUAAGAAAUAAUAAGUGAAGAUAAAAAUUAGUGAAGGUAGGAACCGAAGUUCGUAAUAGCCUAUCUUGUCAGCAGGGUCCCACAGCAUAUACAUGAACAUUUCCCCUGCAGAUUAGAGUUUAGAAGAUUGUAGAAAACAAACAGACAAAAUUUCCGUUGUAUAUAUAUGUAGAUAAUAAAUAUCUAUAUUGAUUUGCGGCUACUAUCGUGUUGACUAUCAGUUUUUUAUUGAAAUCAUAAAGUUCAUUGAUUAGAUGUUGAUCGGUACAAAGUUUAAGAUUUAAAUAACUAGGAGAGAUUAAAAACUCAUUGAUGUAAAUUCAUCGCUUAUAUUAUAGGAUAUGUUGUUAAUUCGUGAAGCGAGAUUAUUCUCCGUUAUAUCGUCUAAUAUAGAAUCCUUAACCAAUAAAUAUAUUAGACAACUCUUUAAUAGGAGAAUUAUUUGCAUAAUCAGUAAAUAUAUACAGGACUAACAAUUAAAUUUUGAUGUUAAAAACGCAAAUAUGGGAAUGGAAGUGAAGGAAUACAAUUGGAACGAGAAAGAGUUAGAAGAAUUUCGAAUGGCUGCUCUAAAAGAGAAAGAUCUGAAAUGCAAAACUGACGACAUAUUUCUCCUAAGUUUACUACGAGCAAGAAAAUACGACAGAGAACGGGCAUUGAAACUACUCAAGAGUUAUUACGCAAUAAGGAAGAAGUAUACGGAUAUAUUCAAAGACCUUCGGCCUUCAGCAUUGGAAUCAUUUUUACAAAUGGGUAUGAUAUGUUCUAAACGAUUAGAAACAGGUCAAGUUAUAGGACUCGGUAGAGUCAGCCAUUGGGAUGCAACUAAAGUGAAACCAAUAGAUGUAACUAGGUGCGUAUUACUUCUUAUGGACAUGGAACUAAAAGACCAUCCAAUACAAGUAAAUGGUGUUUAUGCAUUGAUAGAUGCUAGAACACUAUCGUGGAGACAUGCUAUCCAAUUUAGUCCAAGAAUACUUUAUUUGAUUAUAACAUGCUUUUAUCAAUGUGCUCCGAUUAUUUAUAAAGGGGUUCACAUCGUUAAUGUUAACAAGUACCUUUGUGCCAUUAUUGCCAUGGCAUAUCCAUUUCUUCCUUAUAAAUUAAAGCAAAGGAUUCAUUUACAUGGAUCCAACAUGGAAAACCUUCACAAAGAGAUCGAUCCAAAAUACCUUCCUGCAGAAUUUGGUGGUGAAUUGCCACCUUUUGAUGAGUCUGAAACUAAUCAGAAGUUGAGAGACUUGGAAGAAUUUUUUGUAGAAAACGAAAAAUAUUGGACCGAAGAGAAAAUAUCUGAAGAUUAAAA